CGCCAGCAACAGUCUAACCACCCGCAGUAUUCAAAAAUGCUGAAACGGAAGCUCUAAGCUCUCGACUCCGAAAAAAAUUUCCGUGAAAUAAUUCCGUUCGUGGAAAUGUAAACACUAUGUUUAUGUAUGUUUAACAAGUAAAAUCGUCUUGUAAACAGUUCUGGACUAAAAAUAGUUCGAAUGUGUAGUUUCAAAAUUCAGUGCUGAAUUUAUUGUGAGCGUGGAAUGAAUGUGAGAUAUACCUUCGCGUGUACAUUUUGUUUUUUCAAUGACUUUUAGUUUGAUAUGAACGAAAAAGAGAGUUUCAAGUUGUUCUCCGCAAAUUUUGGUUUACUUUUAUAUCAUUUUGUUAUUAUGAUAGGAUUAUCUCGUACGUGAUGGACCCGGAGCCAAAUGGCUCUGAAGGAAGAAAUAUUACCGUUACUUCAACUGCACAACCUGUUCCGACACUUCAUCCCUAUUACCAAACGUACGAUGUCAUGACCGGAGUGCGAAUAGCUGCGACGCUCGGCAGCUUUUUUGGCCUAAUGGCUAUUCUCAUGUUUUACAAAUCAAAAUCCAAGACUGAGAAGGCCAUGGAAGACCCAGAUUUUACAGCCGCUGCUAUUGCUGAGGUAUUGAAAAAUGAAGAAGAGGAAGAGAGGCAACUACAGAUGGCUCUCGAAGCUACAGUACAUCAUCAGCUGAAUCCACGGAGGAUAAGAAGGUCCUUGGAUACUGCAAGCAUGCCGUCGAAUUGGGACAGAUACACGCCACGAUUUUCCUCGUUCGCAGGAGGUAGUGGAAUGAUGAAUCCGCCAACGAGGCAAAACUGUAAACUGCCGAUGUUUACUGAUGAUGAUCCUGAAGAGAUUGGGUCGCUGUAUGAUGAAAUUUAUUAUAAUGAUCAUCUGGAUAUCCCACGCAGACCCAGCAAUAUCACCUGUUCAUCAUCGGGCAGUUCAUAUCUAGAACGUAGAGACUCAUCGACAACUCUGGGACUUCCACCCAUGCCAGCGCACAAGUGCAAAUCAUCCCAAUGUCAGUUCUCCGAUGUCCCGGAGUUGUACGAUUUUUACUAUCCCAUAGAUAUUAGAGUUACCCAUCCGACUCCCGGGGGAUCCCCCUGCGGGAGUAAUAGAGGACUGUACGACAGAGUUGUCGAUAUUCCGAAUUUAAAACCGAAGCUAGCUCCUUUAGCUUCUAUUAGUAGUUGUAAUAGUUCAUUAGGAACUGAUAUUCCAGACUUCGAAGUACAAUCAUUUUCUAGCGAUUCUGUAUUUCAAGACGACGACGAAGAUACAGAUCACGAAAUGGACGAAUUUAGCACAAACAGCGAGGCAAACAGCGACGAUAGCGACGUGGAUAGUGAAAAUGGCGCGUGCUAUCGUGGAAGGAGCAUAAGACUGACAGUUCCCGUGGAUAUAGAACCCAUACCUUCAUCAAAGUCUUCGUCGACUCUAGUAGGCCAUGACAAAUCUUCUUCCGAACACAGUUCUGUUAUCAAUUUAGAUGAAAAAAAAUCUUGGGUCCAAGAAACUCUAUUUUGAAACAAACGCCACAUAUUUUUGGACAAAAUGCUAUCCUGUUUGUUGACAAUAUGCAACAAUGAGUUACAAAUGUUAGUCCAGGCUUAAGUAAAUCAUUGAAAUACUUUAUAUUCGCUUCAAAUAUGUAACGUAUAAAAAGUCAAUUUUUUUAGAUUUUUUGGAUGUAGGUACCUACUUUCUAAAUAAUUCAUAUAUACCGAUUUUUUACUUCCUUGCUUGAUUUAAAUUAAAAGUUUUUCGAGAUUUUAAUAAAAAAAUAAAUGAAAUGAAAAGAUAAAUGUUUCAGUGAUUACCUUAGGUUAAACACUAUUUUAUUUCUAAAAUUAUAUGGUGAUGUCUAUAAAGUUCCAUGUAUUAACAUAUUAACGACAUCCUAAGCAAUAUUACUAUAGUCAAAUACAAGCUCUUCCUACUAAUUCCGUCCCAAAUAAUUAAUAACAAAACUAUGUCGUCAUAAAACAGCAAACUAAACUUUUUUUACGCCGAAGUUAAAUGGUGAAAUAUAUCGUAUUUUAUUCAAAAUUGUGGUUUAUUUCCAAUAAAUAUAUAAAAUAUAUCUCAUCAGCAAACAAACGAGGUACCCACUAUCUAAGGCGAAGAAUCUAUAGAAAAUUUCGGGCUUCCUUGGAAGUGGACUGGAAUAAUUUAAAGGGGUUGAAUAUGUUUUUACAAUUCACUGAUUAACAUUUACAAAGUACAAACACCAAUAAAAGGGGUGUGUCCUUACUACAAUUCGUUAUGGAAUAUGAUUUAGACGUACUAAACGUGGGUAAAACACCAACUUUCGUAAUUUCACAACGAAAAGAGAUAAUCGAUAUAAAUAUCACUGGCCACGACUCAUGUGGAUGGAACUGUUAAACAUUGGCAUGUGUUAGAUGAUGGCUCUUACCCAGGCCAUCGACAUAAAUAUAUAUGUAGUAAUGAAACACAGACUUACUCACAAUCAUUUAAUUAUACUUUGACUAGCAACCCAUUUGAUAUGCAACCCAUUCAAUAUAUAAAUAUAUAUAUUUUUUGAUGUAAUAAGCCUAAGAAGGACACUUAUCGUAAUCCUCGUAAGACAAACUAAGAGGAAUAUCAAGCAGACCUGUAAUAUUUUUUAAACAGCGUUAAAUGGACAAUAAGGCAUAUCUUGGACCUAGAUAUGCCCACGAAGAAUUUCAAUUGUUUGUCAUGUCAGCGUUCAAAAUCAACUGUCCGAAGAUAGUAGGAAAUUUCAACAGGAAUGUACUCUCGUGGAAUGACAAUCUUGCAAAUGAAUGGGCAGAAGUUAGACGAAAAUCUAAUUAAAUAUUAGGUAAUUAGAGAUAGUAUCGAAAGCCAUGACUGAGUUAUAAUAAAGCACUAGAAACACAAAAAGGGAAUCAAGAAGAAGAUAUUGAGAGGCGAUAUAACACAGCAAAAAUGUCAUGGCUCUAUAAAUUUCUAGUAAAAGACAGUCAGAUAGGUAUUUCCUCGCUCUAAAAGUAGUUGAGUGAACACACUAAGAAUCGUGAAGAUACUCUAAAAGAAUUUUUCAGGAUACACUUUCCUGAUUCUAAUACAAUACCACUAUUAGGACACAUAUCAGUAGACAGGACUGGAUUCCAUGGGUUUUGAUUCUAGGGAAAAGGACAUGUGGCAAAAGAAGUGACAAUAAAGAAGAACACAAUUAAAUGUGCACUUAACUGAUUUCAGUGAUACUACCCAAUACUACCCAAGAAAAAAGUGACCUUCUAUACAAAAAUUAUAUAUAAUACUGCAGGCUAGUUUAGGACUGGGGACAUACCAAAAGCAUAGAGACCUGUCAAACACACCUGUCAAAAUGGGGCAAGAAAACCUAAGUCCCUGAGGCCGAUAUGUCUAAUGUCAUUCGUAUGAAAACUCCAAAAAUACUGCUCGAUAGGUAUGUUAGAGGUGGUAUAUUUGUUGAAAAUCAGAUAUAUCAGGAACAGUGUGCGUGUUAAGCAGGGCUCUCUACAGAAUCUGGCAAAAAUCCUGGAUCUCAAGGCAAAUGGCCUUUACUUGGAAAAUAUACCUGGUUAAACACAUGGCAAAAAGUAUAUUGGACGGAAAAGUUCUAAUACGGCUGAAGUACUACCGAAAAAAAGAGGGAACAGCUUAGAGUCACAACAGGCUUCCUUGCUGGACAUGAGGUAGUUAAGUGCAUACAACUGGAUUCAACCAUACCUUCGAGGUUGACUUCGAGGCAUAUGGUGCUCAUCUACUCGACCUGCACAGGCUGGUACAGGCUACCAGAAUUCUGGAAUAGGUGGCAUGACAGAAUGAAAGAUGUACAUUAAGUUAACUGGCUGCAGUACGUUUAUGUUAGACGGCUUCCUUAAAAAAGAUAUUUACUCCUCGAAUUUCAAGAAGGUGUUGUCGCAUUUUAACUGGAUUAAAUUAUCGGUUCUCUAACUAUAUUUUGACAAAUAAAGUGGCUAUUUUAAACCGGAGUCUUCAUUAAUGAAGCCCUUAGACAAUGAAAGAAGAAGUGCAAUGGAAUGGGACUACCUAUAGGAGAUGCGAUACUCUACAUGCUGCACUAUGCAGAUGACCAAAUUGUAAUUGCACAGGAAAAGGAAGAUCUUGAAUAUAUGGCAAGAAAACUAAUAGAGGAAUAUAGAAAAUGGGGCCUGGAGGUGAAUACCAAAAAAACACAAUAUCUAUGCGUAGGACGGGAAGAAACGGAGAACCUGAAUCUGGAACAGGAGACAAUUACAAGCUGCAAUGAAUACAUAUAUAUCUGGGAAUAAAAGUAACUAGUACAGGACAAAACGAAUGAAAUAUUAAGGAAAGGAGAGUAAAGAGAAAACAGGUGAUAGGAGCCCUGAAUUCGGUACUGUGGGAAAAAAAUAUAAGAACAGAAAAUAAAAAACGAAUUUAAAAUACAAUAUUAAAACCAGUGUUAACCUAUGGAGCUGAAGUCUGGCAAUUAACCAACAAGUACAAAGAUAAAUUACUAGCCACUGAGAUGGAUUUUUGGAGAAGGUCAGCAAGAAGAUCUAGACUAGAACACAUAAGAAACGACGACAUUAGACAACAAAUGGACAUAGAAAGAACAAUCAUAGAUGACAUCGAAAGACAACAGCUAGUUUGGUACGGACACGUAAGACGAAUGGACGAAAGGAGAAUCCCCAAAAAAGUGUUAGAAUGGACCCCCACAGAAAAACGAAAACGAGGAAGACCAGCAACUACAUGGAUAAAGGGCAUCUCCAAGGCGAUGUCUGAAAGAAAUCUAAGAGAGGAAGACUGCCACAAUAGAAAGGAGUGGCGAUUAGGAACGGAAAGGCGUAGAACGCUAUAAAACCGAUAUAAUAAUAUCUUCAUUAUAGCACUGAGAUAAUAAAAUUUAAAAUACAUUAAUAGUAGGAGAGGAAAGUAUGCUAAAUAUGCUAAACUCGAGCGCUUUGGGGACCUAUUGGGUUGUGAAGAGUAGGUUCUAAAACCAAAAAAAGUUAAGUAAAUUUAUCCAUUUUAGUGGGGACUUUCGAUUUUUAACUUAAUUUUCCAUUUCCAACAAUCGUUUUUUCCGAUUAUAGCGCCAUUUAUCCAUAAUUCGUAAAAAUGUUUAAAAUUAAAGUUACUUAUUUUUACGUAAGGAAUCCGAAUCUGUAAUAAAAAAUGGGGGCUCCUCUUUAAAAUUUAAAAGUAACCCCCCACCCCAUCUCCGUGGGGGGUCGUGUUUGGUGCCAUUGGAUAUAUUUUUCAAACAUAUUGAAUAAGUGUAUUUUUCAGUUUUUCGAUCUGAUGUUCAUUUCGCGAAAUAUCGCGGGAUUCGUAUUUAAAAUUUUAAAUUUACCCCCCACCCCUCUCCAUGGGCAGUCUCGUUUGGUAUCAUUCGAUAGAUUUUUGGCAAAUAUUGAGCACGUAUUUUUAGUUUUUAGUUCAUUUCGUUCAUUUCGCGAAAUAUUCGCUUUUUUCUUGUGAAACUUUGUGACUCAACCAUUUACUUAUCCCCCGCCCAAAUCGUCAGAUUUUUGAAAUAUACACUAUUUUGCAUGUACUUAAUCUUAAUCUGACGAUUUUGAGUUUUUCUAAGGAUAGAUUUUUUUUCGGUCCCUCUUAACGAACUCCCCUGUGUUUAGAACCAAUAUAAAUAUGGUAAAGGUACAUCUACAGGGUACCAGGUUUCUCGCCAUAUGAUAAUCUGACGCGCUCGAGUUACUGCAAAAAUCCCCGCUUGGGCUCCCCUACCAUAAAGAUCCUUGAUGUUUACCCGUUUUUUCUAGCAAUGAUACCUACUGUUGGUAAAACUUGUCCCUGCUCUCGAUUAUUUUUUUAAGGAAUAUCAAAGAAAUUUUUAAAAAUAUAGAUAAUUAUUCAAAAAUAUUUUUUAUACAAAAACUAUUUUUAUCCUUCCCGAAAUGAAUAAACCAGUGAUAUUUUUGCAUUAAACGUAUACCCUAGCAAAGCAAUCAAAUUAAUAGUUCUUGUAGAAAAGAUAUUUGUUUUUAAUUACCUAACAAUAAUAAUUUCUAUUUCUUUAAGGUCAGUCAAAAUUUCUGCACUAGUAUAAAAAAAACUAGGUUAGGUACGUUUAACAUUUUAAAUUUUGUUUAACAUUUUCUAGCAUCACUUUUAAUCAAGGUAUUUAAAUUAGUUUUUUUUUAUUUUAAUCAAGCAAAUUUACAUUCUGUUUUUACAUAUUUUUAAUACAAAUAAUAAUUACGUUUAAAAUCAAUAUCAUAAUCUCUAAAAAUACAAACAUAACUUAUAGUAGCGUCUUAGACUUAAAAAAAUGCUGUUUUAAGUUGUAUUUUUUUUUUUUUUUAUUUUUCCACAUAAUAAUUCUAACUACAUUAUUGAGAACUACUCGAGAGGACAUAUUUUUGACAAGCUCACCGAUAAAAUAAUAACGGAUUUAGUAGGAAAACAGUAUAGUCAAGUAAGUCUAACAUCUCAAUGUCAAUUUCUAGCCUUUUAUUACCCUUUUCUAGCUAAACAUUUAUACAAAUUGUAUAUAUUUCUAAUCUGUGAUCUAGGCCCUGAACCUACUUAUAGUAUUUAUAAUUAUUGAAGCCAACCACACCUCGUAGUCAAUUCUAAGACUUAAUAAACUUUUUUACCCUAAAAUUUUAGAUAGCAUAGUUCCUACUCUAAGGAAAGUUAAUACCUGGUUCUUUGUGUACAAAUACCAGUAAUUCUUAAGUGAAAACGUGUUAAAAGUUAUAAUAGCAAUGUUGGCAAAGCCUGGACUAUAUUUAUAUUUAUCUAAGUCUCUAUUUUAUACUCUACUCUACCUUCCUCAGGCUUCUUUAUAUAAAUUUUCUCUAACUUGUCUUGUCUGGACCCUCUAUUCUAUUAACUUUCACUACCAGUAUAAAAUUUAUUGACUUUUUGAAACCAAACAAUCAGAAAAUAGUGGACCUAAAAAUGUUGUGUUCUGUUAAAUAAUUCUGUUAAUUUAGAAUAUUGCUAAAAUAAAUAUUAUUAGAAACAGACACUAAAUAAGAAUAAUUAAUGUACCCAUAGACAUAUAAUACCUAGACUCCGCGCUGCAAUCUAAAACUGUUCCCCCAGUGCGACAGAGAAAGAUGUCUGUAAACAGGUAAGGUAUCCCUUUCUAAUUGGCGGGGUCUAUCUAAUCGGCGGCAGUGAGAAAGUCACGUGGUCGAUAAAACCAAGUCGAUUAGUCGAUUAGAAAGAGAUGUCAUCCCUGUUUAUAAACAUUCACCUCUGUCGCACUGGGGGCACAGAUUUAGAUUGGAGCGCGCAGUCUAGGUAUUUUAUUUAUGUCUAUGAUCUUAACUAAUACAACCUAACCUAUUCUUACUUGGGAAAGUAUAUUCGCAAUUUUGAUCCUUUAAAAAUGUCAUUUCUUUGCUCCGUGCUUUAUAGGUUAAAAAAUAUAUAACAGCACUACAGGCCAUAGAGGACCUUGGCAGGUUAAAAAAUGCUAUGAAUUAUUAAAAAGGGUUCAAGGCAGGUUUUGUUUAUAUUCGAUUCAGAGUUGGACUACCACCUCCAUAUAGCAACUAUUUCAGCAUCCUUAUGCAUCAUCAGUGAAGAUUAUGUAGUCACAACUCUAUGAAUUAUAUUUUUUUAUUGUAGUAUCAAAUGUGAAGUACAAACAUUGCAAAAUAUUCUAUUAAAGUAUGUAGCGAUAUAGUCCGGGAUCCCAGGUCUAUUUUUACUAUUUACUACUAACAGGCUUAUUUUUCGUGAGUAGCUUCAUUUUGACGAGACUCCCAACUUUUUUCCUUACAACAAUUUCCGUAUGUGGUGGAUAACAAAGUUGUACGGAUAGUCCAGUCGUGUUGGACAAAUAACAGGCCUAACCUUGCAUGCCGAGCUGUCCCAAAUUUUAUUUUUCUAAUCUUUAGGGAGGGUCAAUAGUAGUGUAAAUUUAAAAUCUCGACUGAAUUCCACCGUUGUGUUAGCCGUCAUUUUGAUUUUAAAGGGGAACCGUUUUGACUCAAUAUCUCCGCCAUUUUCAACUUCUUGACAAAAAGUAUGAGAACUAAAAUUGUUGAAAAUAUGAUUUUCUAUAAUUUCUUUCAUUACAAUUUUUUCGUGCGUUCGAUAGUUUCAGGGUUAUGGGGGAAAAUAAUGGCAUUUAUUAUUUUAUAGUAAGGAAAAAAGUUGGGCGUCUCGUCAAAAUUAAGCUACCCACGAAAAAUUAGCUUGUUAGUAGUAAAUGGCGAAAAUAGGCCUGGGAUCCAUGACUAAUAGUACAAAGAGGAAAUUACCAAAAUAAAACUAAAAACACUUUUCUAAUUAAUUUCUUAAAUGAGACUCUUAUCCAUAAUAUAUAAUUUAUGUUGAAUCAAAACAUUUUAUCCUGGUUAUAUCCCAUCUGUCAAUAAAUUUUUACUGGUAAUAAUUUUGUUACUUGUUUGAAAAAAGUGAGGCAACGAAGCUAACGAUCAAAAAUACUCCUGCCUCGUUCUUGUUGAAUCUCAUUGUAGCGUAAAAUCAGAAGAAAGUUUAUAACUUUGUGUGCAAAAUAAAACAUAUCUCUGAGAAGCAAUAGGUUUUCGUUAGUUAAACAAAAGUUUCACAAAGUAUCUGUUUUGAGUAUGGAUAGUCAGAAAUUAGCUAGAAAUAAAAAAUGCGAAAAAUAUAUAUUAGGUUGUAUAGGCAUUGCCUUGAUUUUGCAGAUUAUAUUUACAUUAUUUGCUUGCGCUCGCCUUAUUUUUUCUUUAUAUUUAUUGUGCAUUGAACAUUUCGAAGAUCUUUAACCAUUCUUUCGAAUUCAUGUUUUACCAAGAUUCCUUUUGUUUCAAGUGCUUUUUCUGGGAAUUUGGACAUUGACAAUAUUAUUAGAGUAAGACCCAAUUUAGCUUCUGAUUAUGAAAAUUGUUCAGUACUCCGUAGGCCAAACCGUGCCCAACUUUUUAGGAGUCAUGAUUGAAUAUAUUAUUAGUUGUAAUCAGCAUUAUUUUCCCUUCUCGUACGUUUUCAGGUAUAACGCUAUUUUUCUGCAAUGUAUUGUGAUGAUUACUAUUAUCUUUCCUAUAUAAGUAUAUAAACUAUUUAUAGUUUCUAUACUUAUCUGGUAUUACCAUUGUGUAUAAUGUCUUUGUUAUAUGCAUGUUGUACCCAUAAGAUGCGAAUUAUGUUUUUAUGGAACCAGAAAAUGGCCGAUUGUCGAAAUCCUCAAGAUAAUUGCUCAAAACCUAUCAACAACAGAAAUAAGCUGUAUAUUACACAACAACAAAACAAACUGGAGUUAUUUUAGAUAUAAAGUGAAUAAAAUCAAUUUAUACAUCCCACUAAGGAUUUAUAAACAGAUCGAACAUGCAAUCGAACAUAUUAAAACAAUUAUAUAGGAAGUAUCAUGGAAGUAACACCAUUACCUGACUGUUCCGUUCCAAUACAUACAAUGCACGAAAACAUAAUUGACAAAAUAAGUCUCAGAAAACAAUGGUAAUUAAAAAGAUCGGCUCAGAGUAAAACAGACCUCAAUAAAGGACAAAAAGGACUAAAAAAUUCAAUAACUGCAGAAAAAAUUCAAUUUUUGAGGAAUACUUACAAAAACUAGAUGCAACCCAAACCCCGGACUAGGUACUAGUUAUGGAAGGCUACAAGGACCUUACGAAGGCAGAACUAUAAAAUUCUACCAAUAAUAACAGAAAUAGGAAAAUUAGUAUAAAGUCCAUUAAAACAAGCCGAAACAUUUGCGAUAGACCUUAAAAAAAUGACGUAAAAUACUCAUUACAAGCUGAAGAAAUAGAUAUCUGUAUAACAAGGGAGGAAAGUGCUACUUUUCCUCCCGAUAAUGAAGUUCUCCGCUACGCGUCGCGCAGUAAUCAUUCAAAGGAGGAAAAGGCACUUUACUCCCAUAUAAUACAUAUGAUUUUUCCACCUUCCUCAAAUAAAAAGUACUAUUUUUAUUUUUAAAUAAUUUAUUUAUGUAAAUAACUGACAAAAUUUAUUAGAGAACUAAAACUAACAAGUAGGUACAUUAUAACUGUCAACUGUCAAGUAUAAGUCAAAUUAUUAAUGUAAACAUUGUUAAAUCACAAAAACAAUUUACUGUUUUUUACCAUUCUACAAAAUACAGGGUGUUCUAUAAAUAAACGUUUUACUCCCUAGGGAGUAAAGGUACUUUUUCUCACUAGGGAGGAAAAGUACGACUUUGCUCCCUACAAUCAGGUCAGGAAAAGUAUACGUUCGGUAGAGGUAGGUGGAAAAAUACAUUGUUACUUCACGCACACUUUAAACCCUUCACGCACUGCUAUCUAUAAUGACAGUUUUUACAAACUAAAAACUUAUACAUAAUAUUAGAUAGAGUAGAUAAUAUUAUAUUAUUCAACGAGCAUGCAAUGAUGGCUAUUACUCACGAUGAUGAAGUUUGCGAUACGAGCCGUAGGCGAGUGUCGUAAUUCAUCAGAGUGAGUAAAAACCAUUACAUGCGAGUAGAGUACUAUACUUUGUCUACGACCUGUGUUAUUUUAAUUAGUAAAAAAAUAUAAUUAUUAACUGCUCGAGAUUAAAAUUAUCAUUUACAAAAAUAAAUUUUGUUUGUCAGUAGUACACGGCUGAAUAAUUGGUUGCCUACUAUUAGCGAAUGCUGUCUAAUAGUCUUAUGUAUUGUAAAAAAUACUGCAAAAAAUGGUCAAUUCAAGGUAUAUUCGUUUCCGAAAAAUUAUAAGCACAAAUACCUACUCUCAAUGUACUUAAAAAUAGGAAAUUUUGCUAUUAUCGGUGGGCGUAUUUUAAAUAAGUUAUACUGUACAUUUAUAUUUAACUAUAAGAUAUAACAUAAAAAUAAAACUAUAUAUAUUAUGUUAUAAUAUUUAUAUUUAACACAAUAUAACUUUAUAAAAUAAAUACAAAACACAAUAUAAGUUAUAAAUAAAUUUCAAUAAACACAGCAAAUCGCUAAUGUCACUGUCAAUGAAAAUGAUAAACGUCAAAAUUCAUAAUAGAGAACAUGGUAUAAAAGUAAAAAAUAUACUGAUCCAUUGUUACAGUUAAGAAUUCUUUAAAAAAUUUUCGAAGUUAAUUAUUGAUAUAAAUUAUAAUAAUUAUUAUUUUAUAAAAUUUACAAGUUAAAGUAAGUAAUUUUAUUUAUUAAAAGUGGCAUUCAUCACUUGAACCUAACUUCAGCCCAUGAGUAAUGACCCGCGUGUAACUUCAGCCCGGGAGUAAUGAACUAUUAGGUACUCACGGGUAAAGUAUUGAGUGUUAUUAUCCAUUCAAAAAUCGUGAAUAAUGAGAAUAUUAUUAAACGGUCGUAGAAAAAAUAGUUUAAAUUCAAACAAAUUAAACAGUGCAUUAAUUGUUUAACUGAUUUCUGUGUAGUUUGUUUAGGUGUAAGGAAUUUAAAUUGAUUAGUAUUAAUUAAAUACAGUUUAAAAUUUAUAAUUAUUUAUACUAUAAUAAAUCUUCGUUUGGAAAUUAUGAUUUUUAUUUUUAGCAAAAACUAUGGUUGUAGAAAAAGUAUAGUGUGUAACACGUACAGAAAGGUAAUUUCUCACUCGUUUGAAUUGCGCAACUUUUCAAACUUGUAAGAGAUUAGUACCUUUCUGCACUUGUUGCACAAUAUACUAUUUUUGUUUCGCUUUUUUAUUAAUAUCUUUUACUGUACGUAUUUUUUAGUGUACUUUCUAUAACAGCUUUCAUGCUUCUUAUAUUCUGACUGUCCAUACUCUAUUCAUUUUAAAAUUUAAAAGUGACAUAGUCCAACUGAUAACAUAUCUUAAAGGUUUUGGUGUAAAAUCAGUCUAAUAGAAAAUUGAAGAAUUAACUCAUAAAAACUUUCGAGAAAAAUAGUAUAGGCCAAUUGUUGGGUAGAUAUGUUGGUAAGAAAUUAGGGCAUAAUUAAAAACAAUAUGUUGAAAAAAAGACAUAAAAUCACUUAGGUACAUUUCCGUGUGGUCUUUAUUAUUCCAUAUUUCAUAUGUUUUUACUUGUAGAUAUAGUUUUGUGUAAUAUUAUUAUUUCUUCUUCUUCUUCUUCUUUUAAUUGGACUAUGUCCUGUUUCUGCUGUUACAGUCUCUGCUGCGAUCCGGAGCUCCAGCUCUCGUACCAUCGUUUCUUGGGUCUUCCUAUGGGUCGCUUGGUGUUGGGCUUCUAUGUGUUCGCCCAUUGCGCCAUACGUUCAGGGUCCAUCCGAUUUACGUGGUCUCUCCACAUGCGUCGUCGUGCUCUUGUCCAUCUCACUAAGUCCUGAACACCUAGCUCUCUCAAUGUGUCUUCGUUUCGUAUUCUAUCUCUGAGUGUGAUACCUCUAAUGGAUCUUAGGGUUUUCAUCUCUGUUGUUCUCAUUAUUUGUUUGGUCUUUGUUGUUUCGGCCCUUGUCUCAGCUGCGUAUGUCAGUACGGGUCUAAUACAUGUGUUAUAAAUGCGGACUUUGCUUUCGGUGCUCAUAUAUUUAUUCCGCCAGAUUGUAUUCCUCAGGAAACCAGAUAUUCUCGCUGCUUUCGUUGCCUGCUGUUUUGUUUCUUGCCACAGAUGCCUGUCGGUGGAUAUUUCCACACCCAAGUAUCUACAAUCCAUUACCUUUUCGAUUAUAUGGUCGUCCACUACUAAUUUACAUCUAAUUGGGUUCUUGGAUAUUACCAUCGAUUGGGUUUUCUCUGCGGAUAGUGGCAGGUUAUACUUUUCGGCGGUUGUUUAAAAUUUUUUUUGUAGGCGUAGUAAGUCAUCUUCGUUUUCGGUUAUUAAGAUUGCAUCAUCUGCGUAGCAAAGUAUUCUCAUGGUUCGGUUACCCAUCUUAUAUCCCUGUUCAUUUUGUUAACACUACCUAUACCUUCGUCCAUUAUUAAAUUAAAUAGGCAUGGACUGAGGCUGUCCCCUUGUCUAAUGCCGACAUUGAUUUUGAUUUCUCCGUGAGCGCGUGUGUGGUUUUUAUUCGUUUUUUGUUGGAUCUAUUGGGCUCUUUGAUUAUGUUUCUAUACCUCUGAUCUAUGUUUUUCUUUCCAAGGAUAGUGAACACGUCCUUCAAUCGUACUCUGUCGAAUGCCUGUUUCAGAUCUACAAAGCAUGUGAACAUGGGCUUGUCGACUUCUAUUGAUUUCUCAAUAUUAUUAUUUAUUUAUGUUUAAGAAACAAAACUUUAUUACAGUGCUAUAUUUCAACUCAUUCUUAACACUAUGCGAUUUAUAGCGAGCGUAAAGAAAGGCAAGUUGAAAAGUUUUCAGUUCAGCCCAUAUGAAAUGGUGCCGCUUGAGAUAAAAUUAAUGUUUUAAGUUAAAAAUAUCUAGUGAACAAAAGUAAAUACCAAAUCUAAAUUUGAUAUUUUUGUACUUUAGGGCUUAAACUCAAUUUCUUAUUAAUAUUUUGGAGACUUCUUUUUCGUCCAAAAUAGAAAUCUUUAAUAAAUAGCGUACGUACUACUUCAAUGCAUUUAUUCAUUCAUUAAGCAUUACAAUCCCUAGGGAUUAUAGCUAACGCCAUGGAGUUAAAAAUUCUAUUCUUGGUUGAGGUGGAUUUCUUCUCUGUCAUUUAUAGCUUGAUGUGUGUCUUUGUUGUCCUCUUGACUCUUUUCCAUUUCUUACUAUCCUUGCAUUGAACUUUCCACUCUUUCACAUUCAUUGCUCUUAUGUCUUUUUCUACAUCAUCCAGCCAUCUUCUUCUGGCUCUUCCUAUCUCUUAAACUUUUUUGUAGUCAUUUACAUUUAUAUUUGAUAUUAUUCAUUUAAAGUAUAUAUAGGAUCCACUUUUAUUGGAUUAUUGAUAUAAAAUAUUGUUAUGAUCUGCUUUCUAUUACUUUUAUAUUAAUUAUUAUUUAUUUGAUCAAUUAUUUAAUUAACGCAAAUCAUACAUAAAAAUAUUAAGAAAAAAUCUCAGGGUGCAUUUUGUCAAAAAAAAAUUAAUUAAAUUCUCUUAGGUUAAACUUAUCCUUUCUCGUGGUUUCAGUAUUUCUUAGUUGAUCCUUACCGGGAUAAAAUAGGAAAAGGAAAUAAAUAGAAAAAUCAUAAAUAAACACGUACAAAUACCUUUAUUAUCAAAAGCAAUGCUCUAUAAAUUUAUCAAUUAAAUCCUGUGGGCAUAACUGCCCAAAAGAAACUUUCACCAUGUAAAUUAAUCUAAUUCAAACAAAUAUUUAUCGCUUUGUUCUUGAUACCCUUAAUAAAAAACAUCUAAACAAACAAAUUUGGUAUUCGCAAAUUACUUAUACUUCCUAUUAAAUUUUUGAAAUGUUGGAAUCUUAAAUGCAUAUGCUUUUACAAAAAGAAAAAUUUAACUUCUGAUUAUAAAGAAAAUCUAUCACAUAGGCUAUUGACUGACCUUUUUGAUUCACACACAAUGAUGUCUCCUCUUGACCCAAACAGCUCCUCCUUGUUGAUUAUGUUAGGCUACCCAUCAAAGCCCUCUCCGUUCUCAGCAAACAAUCCAGCAGGAUACCAGCAACUAUUUCUCCAAAACACAAGCCAGGCCUCUUUUUGCUAGUACUCGUUCAAUAAACUCCAAAACUCCCUCCUCUCUUUCUCUCAACAAUAAUCUCCUGAGACCCAAGUAUCUUUUUUACUUGGUGUCACAAAUAAUUUUAAUAACGAUAAUUCUUGUAACUUACUCUCUUGGACUUUACAGAAUCAAAGAGGUAUUUCUUCUCGAUUUGAUUUGUCUCUCGUUCCACCUUUCAGCUACUCUCCCUAUCAACACAAUCACUAGUACUUGCUUCUGAACUACUCACGAAAACUUUUGACUGCUCCUUUCGGAUGCCGGUAACACAAUAAUCCCUCUUUCCAAAACUAUCUGAAAAUUCAACCUUCUCUCCUUCCCAUUCCAAAUUGCCAAACCAAUCAGAGACAUUUCUUCUUCCCCCUUCUUUUUUUCAUUCGAAACACCCACUCAUACUUUUAAAAAUAUUCCUACCAUCAUACUAAUUACUUUCGGGAAAUUCUACAAAAUUUACUCGGGGUUAAACAAAAAAAUUAAAAUUACAAACUUUCUUUACCUUAAUUUUCUAAGAUAUAAUUACCUAUGGCUUCUAUAUUUCCCGUAAUAAACAAUCGGUUUAAAAUACUAUUCCUAAAUAACUUUCACUUCACUUUUAUUUACAAAAAUGUUUUUAAUAUUCUUCAUGGAAAAAUUCAUUAAGGAGAAACCACUUUGCGUUGAAAGCUAACUUCUAAUAAAUAUUUACAAAUCAAUAUACAGGGUGCAUCAAAUUUAUGUGCCCGCGUUAUAUUAAAAAAAUUAAAAUUUUUAUUCUAUCUUUGAUUUAUAAAUUGAAACACAAUAGUAUAUAGGAUCCACUUUUUGUAUUAUAAUAUUUUCAACUACCACAUGGAUAUUUGCAACUGUUGAUGUACGUAGUUUAUUUUUUUUAUUUAUCUGUUCUGAGUAUCGUCUGCAAAACGUAAAUUAUUGAACAUUUUUCUGUUAUAUACUUCUUAUUAAAUCUGAGAACGCUUUUUUAAUUAUCACUGCAAAACCCUGGCGGAAUCUUCUCUGUAUUUUGAUUUCUUUGACAAACCAGUUAUCAACUCUUACCAAAGAAGUUUGAUUUCAGUAUACCUACACUUGAGAGCAAAAUAAUCGACUCACUUGCUGAAUUGUACAAGUUAGAAGUCUCGAAUUUCCUAAACCUGUUGUCCGAUUCGAUUUUUUUUUAGUAUGUUACAGCCUUAUUAUCAUUUCAUUUCAUGGCUGAAGAACCUCAGAGAAUGGUUUGGAUGCAGCUCAAAACAACUAUUUAGAGCUACUGCCUCAAACAUUAAAAUAGCUAUGAUGAUUGCCAACCUCCGUAGCGGAGCUGGCACCUGAAGAAGAAGAAGCCUUAUUAUUUAAGAAAAUCGAUGUAAUAUUAUUAUUGCUAGACAGGUAAAAGUCAUUUUAUACCGGGUGUAAUAAUCAUAGGGUGAUUUUUUUUCUUAAACGUACCUAACUUUUUUAUUAACCAACAUAAACAAAUGAACCAAAGAACAAAAUGUUAAUAAAGCCUAAGCCUACAAUAAAAUUUUAAUUUAAAUAUUUUUUAUAUGCUAGAAUACUCCACAGGGUGUUCCGAACUUUAAGAAAAAACACAGUAUUAUUGUUACACCCGGUAUAAAAUGACCUUUACCUGUAUAGCAACAAUAAUAUUACAUCUAUUUUCUUAAAUAAUAAGGCUAUAACAUACUAAAAAAGCACUUAAAUCGGACAACAGGUUUAGGAAAUUCCACGUGUACAAUUAUUCAGCAAGUGAGUCGAUUAUUUUGCUCUCAAGUGUAGAUGAAAAAUAUGUCUACAAUCUUUUAAUAAUAAACUCUAUAAACUUUUGAAAAUAAAAAAAAAUAUGAAAUGUCGUGGUUCAUAGACGUCUGGGACAGCAAAAUAAAAUCGAAAAAAGUUUUCCCAUUAGUCUUUAUACUAUUUAAAAACCCAAAUUCCAAAUUAUGUAUCACUAAUUUUGUAUUAUUGGUAGGGGAGCAAAGUAUGCUAAAUUUGCAGUCACUCGAGCGUUAUGAGGAUCUAUUAGGUUGUGAUUAUUAGGUCCUAAAAUCAAAAAAAUUAAAUAAAAUUUUCCAUUUUAGGAGGCGCUUUCCAUUUUUUUAAUUUAAUUUUCCAUUUACAACAAUCGUUUUUUCCGAUUAUAUCUAUCCAUAAUUCGAAAAAAUGUCUCGAACAAAAGUUGCUUAUUUUUUCGUAAAGAACCCAGACCUGCAAUAAAAAUUUGGGAUUCCCAUUUAAGAUUUUAAAGUAUUCCCCGACCCCACCUUCGUAGGGAAUCGUGUUUGUUACCAUUCGAUAGAUUUUUCAAAAACAUUUUGAAAGUUUAUUUUUCAGUUUUUCGAUCUGAUGUUCAUUUUGCGAAGUAUCGCGAGGUAUGUAUUUAAAAUUUUAAAUUUACCUCCCACCCCUCUCCGUGUGGGGAUCAUGCUUAGUACCAUUCGAUAGAUUUUUGAAAAAUAUUGAAGACCUAUUUUUUAGCUUUUCAAUCUAACGUUCAUUUCGCGAAAUAUUCGCUUCUUUUUGUGAAAUUUUGACUCACCCAUUUCCUUACGCCCCGCUUAAAUCGAUAUUUGAAAUAUACACUCUUUUGCAUGUACUUAACUUACCUUAUCUUAAUCUGACAAUUUCGAGUAUUUUUAAGGAUAAAGUAAGUUUCUCCCCAUAUGAGUACCAGGUUUCUCCCCAUAUGAUAAUCUGACGCGCUCGAGUAACUGCAAAAAUCCCCGCUUGGGCUCCCCUACCAUAAGGGAUUCUGUCAAUUUCGCGUAUCAAAGGAUGUUUUAAGAUUUUCCCAUUUAAGCUAUUGAUCUCUGGAUUCCUGGCUAUUGAUAUGUAUAACAAUGUUUAAGCAUUUGUGUCAGUUUAAUAAAUUAAAAAGUCAAAUUAAUAUGUAGGUCAGGUCUUCACUACUGAGUUUUAUGAAAUGUAUAAGCAUAAUAUGGUGUGAUUCAGAAGCUUUGCCAUUAUAUUAUGUCUCUUUCAACAUUUUCCUCUUCCAUCAUUCAAAGUUGUUGAAUGCACUGAAUUAUAUCAAGUUCUCCUUCACAACACUAAUUGUAAUUUUAUGUUAUUAUUUUUUUAAUAUUACGCGGUCAGGUCUAGAUUGGAAAUACGAUAGUCGUAGGUGAACCCGCUCUAUCUCCUGAUCUAAUCAUCAUCAUCAUUUUUGGCUCGACAAUCCCUUUUGUGGAUCCGCGCCUGCUCAGGUUCGUCGUCAUUCUAUUCACUCUAAUUUUCAUGUUAUUUUUAAUAUCCUUAAGUCGGUUUAAAAUUCUUCUUACCAUCUAAUUUGCGGUGUGACUCUGCUUCUUCUUCCUACAUGUUUCCAGACUGCCCAAGUCGCUGUAUUUUAACUAAGGUUACGGCGUCUGGAUACGAGGCCACCACUUAACACCACAAAGUAUACGAAUACUGGUCCUAGUAUUUUAAAAGCGGAAGUAGAGAAAGCCAUCAAACAGAGCAAAAAUGGGAAAUCUCCAGGCCCUGACCAAAUACCAUCAGACUGGCUCAAACUUCUGGAUGACUAUAAUGUCUCACAAUUAACAAACAUUUAUAACCAUAUAUACGAGACUGGAAUGAUGCCACAGAUAUGGUUGGAGUCUACAUUUAUUCGACUCCCAAAAAAACCUAAUACAUCAUCAUGUAAAGACUUUAGACUAAUUAGUCUCAUGAGCCACUCUCUCAAGCUACUUCUUAAGAUGAUUCUUAAUAGAAUCAAGCAGAAAUGUGAAGAGACAAUGGGAAACAAACAAUUCGGUUUCAGAGAAGGAUUGGGAACAAGGGAAGCUUUGUUCUCAAUGUUAACAUUACUUCAACGAUCAUGGGAAGUACAGAAACCAAUUUACGUUUGCUUUAUAGAUUUUGAGAAGGCGUUUGAUAGAGUUCAACAUGAUAGGUUGUUUGAAUAUCUAGAAAUGAUUGGAAUAGAUGAUAAAGAUCUGAGACUUUUACAACAUCUAUAUUGGAAUAAAGAAGCUUCUAUUCUGGUAGACGGCAAAGAAACAGACAAAAUUUGCAUUUAAAGAGGUGUCAGACAGGGUUGUGUGUUAUCCCCAACUUUGUUUAACGUAUACUCAGAAAUAAUUUUUAAUGAAGACUUGGAAGGACAAUGUGGAGUUCGAAUCGGGGAGAAACUAUUAACAACAUCAGAUAUGCAGACGACACCGCGAUCAUGGCUGAAAAUAUCGAAGAUCUUCAAUUCCUUAUUGAUCGAGUCACUAGAGAAUGCUCCAAUAACGGACUUAACAUAAAUGCAACAAAGACAAAGUUACUUGUGGUUAGUAAACAAGACGUCGGCCCUAUGCAACUAAUUUUCAGUGAUGAAUCAAUAACAAAAGUUAACCAUUUUAAAUACCUAGGAUGUUGGAUAAACGAGACACUAAAUCCGGAUGAAGAAAUUAAAACUCGUAUAGAAAUUGCAAGAGGAGCAUUUAUGAAACUUAGAUCUAUUCUGAGCAACUCUCAGCUGAAUUUACAACUAAGAAUCAAGUUCCUAAAAUGUUAUGUGUAUCCUGUAUUACUAUAUGGAUGUGAAACCUGGAUCAUGAAGGUUAACAUGAACAAAUUAGAAGCCUUUGAGAUGUGGUCGUAUCGUAGAAUGCUCAGAAUAUCUUGGGUGCAACGCAUUUAAAACAGAGAAGUCUUAAACAGAGUAGGUCAAGGCGAAGGUGACUUAAUGAAGAUGAUAAAAAAGAGAUAACUUGAAUACGUGGGGCAUAUAAUGAGAGGUAGCAGAUACAGGAUGCUGCAGUUAAUACUCAAUGGAAAGAUCGACGGAAAAAGAGGAAUUGGUCGAAAGAUAUAUUCAUGGCUCCGAAACCUUCGUCAAUGGACUGGCUUAUCAGCAGAUCAAUUGUUACAUGCCGCACAAGAUCGAGAACGAUAUCGGCAAAUUGUUAUGGAAGCUACCCACGCCUAAAAAUUUGGGCACGGUACUUAAAGAAGAAGACGGCGUCUGGUUCAGUAAAGAGUUGGUAUAAUCCAAUCUACAAAUCUCCAGAUCUACAAAUAGUUCGUUAUCGUAGGUAUCGUAGGUAUGAUAUAGUUUUCUGAAUGGAGGUCUUUGCUUUAGAUUUCUGUAGCUUUUACAACGAAUAAGACAUAUACAUUGGUCGACUAGCCAAGUAAGAUUGUCGAAAAUCUGAAAACGGUAUCUUGCAGUUUCCUUAUUGGCUAUUAGUUAAGUUCGAGAGGUACCUACAAUGUGUACAGUCGGAUAGUGAAUUCAAGUUAUUUUCUGGGAAGGUUCUUUGGAAGUAUUUGGAACAUGCUAGGCUGUUCAAUAAGUUUUGCGGCUCGAUAAGAAAAACACAAUUUUAUGGUUUGAAAUACACUUUAUUAUUCAACAUAGUCUCCCUGAAAAUCAAUACGCUUGUUCUAACAAGAUUCCAAUUUAUUAAUUUCAUCCCUUCGGUGAGAAUCUGAAGGGCUGCAAAAUAGGGUUCUACAGCUUUAUCAGCUCAUCAUUUGAUAAAAAUGCUUUCCACGCAUGAUUUUCUUAGGUACUGAAACAGAUGGAAGUCACUAGGGGUCAAAUCUGAUUAAUAAGGUGGAUGCUCCAACAAUUUUAACUUUAAUUCAUGGAUUUUAGUCAACGUUAAAAUGCUCAUAUGGCACGGUGCAUUGUCCCAAUGAAAAAGGGUUUUUUCUUCUGCAAACCAAGUUUUUUUUCACGAAUUAUUUCCUUAAGCUGGUCUAAAAGAUUACAAAAAUAUCCAGAAAUUAUUGUUUUACCAGUUUGCAGGUAAUCCACAAACAAAAUUCCUCUCGUAUCUCAAGAAAUUGAUGGUAAUAGCUUCUUGGCCAAUUUCUGGACACUAACUCAUUUACCAGAUUUACACCACUCUUUAAUAGCUUCUUGUUUUAAUUCGGAAUCAUGGUGAUAGACCCAAGUCUUAUUAAUAGGGAUGAAUCGAUGCACAAUAUCUACUUUAUCCUUUCGAAAACGCUCUAAAUAUUGCUGAGAAAGUCGCAUUCGAAUUUGUUUUUGUUCCGUUAUUAGCGAAUGCGGCACCCAAUGUGAACACAGCUUUUUGAAACCCAAUACAAAUGUCAAAAUAUUACUUACACCGUCCAAUGUGAUGGCUAGGGCUUCUACUAAAUUUCUUUUAAUCACUCGAUGAUUUUCCACUACUAUAUCCUGUAUGUUCUCUACAAUUUCUUUAGCAACCCAUCUUUUUACUGGACUAAUUGAAGGCAAAGAGUCCUUUUACACUUUUAACAUUCAUUCAUAAAUUUCAUUUGCUUUUAAACCUUCCAAAAAUGAAAAUUCAAUCACUACACGAAACUUGAUUGUUUCCAUUGUAAAAAAUACUGUGACACGUCGAUACUAAAUGAAUUGUAAACAAAAAAUGAAUUCACAGAUUGAAAUAAAACUUCACAUAUCGUCCCUACCAUUUCCAACUAUCGAAUGUGAAAAAUUGGGUUUUUCAGAUUCGAUACCUUGCCCUCGCAUUAUACGUGAUAUAUCUUGUGGCAAAUUCUCGUUAUUGUAGCUUGAUUAGGAACGCGGGAAACAUGCCGUUUAAAGCAUCGAAUAUGAACAUGAGAACAUGUUUUUAUUUGGUUAACUGCAAACUGACGAAAAUAAUUAUAUGUAUUCGAUACUUUUGUUUUGUAUUAAUAUAACUAAAGGUAUAUUUGUAUAACGGUACAUGUCGAAUGUGUCACAUUCGUCAGCUUGUGUUGUAAUGUAUUCAACAUUUAUUCCAUUAUAAUCUGUAAACUGUCGAAAAUGCUAAACUGCUGAGAAGAAUAAAAUGCACGUGUUUACAAUUAGUGCGAAUUUUGUUUCAGUAUCGCUUCCAAGAAAUUCUUGUGAGGCAGUUUAUGAUUUCAUUUUAACGGAUUUUCAUUAUUUGAUUAUACAGUUAUUCACUAUUAUACAUUCGUUACUUUGAAUCAUCGGACCGAAACAAAUAUUUAAUUAAUACAAAAAGCCAAGUAACGAUUGUGAUUUUUUGGAAAGAAAAAAAUGAUUUCAAAUGAUUUCAAAUUUGUUAUCAAUCUAACAAGGAUUAAACAUUACAUACAAAAAAUAUAAAAAAUUUCCCAUUUGUCAAUGUGCUGAUUUAGGAGUCUCUAAAAAAAAAAGAGUUAUUUUGCUCUCCUGAAAAGUACCACUUUUCACAUUCGAUAGUUGGAAAUGGCAGGGACGAUAUGUUCAUAUGAAGAUUAUAUCAACAUAACAAUAAAAAUAGGCUAGUACUAACGCCCUCUCUUACCGAACCGCAAAAUUUAUUGAACAACCUAGAGUUCAGAAGCACUUGGACCUUGACUGUCACCUAGAGCUAGGUUAGGUAUGGUAUGUUAAACAGUACAUGGUUAAGUUCAAUUAGUUACCACUAUAAACAGCCCGGAUUAACCGAUAAUAGUAUAGAAGGCCCGGUUUCAGCUAAAAUUUAUUUUAGACAUUAUUAUGGGAGUACCGUCUAGUCAGUGUUAAUUGCAAAAGACCAACUCUGUCUACCUCGGUGACUUAUCGCUCCGGGUGGGUCUUAACAAUGGGCCAGGUCAGAUAAAUUUAAUAAUAUUUGCGACCGCACUAAUUGAACUCAAACCAUUUACUGUUGAACAAACCAUACCGUUGAGCAAUAAGAUUUGGAAUUACAGGAAACCAAUCUCUCCUGUCUUUUUUGUGUUAUAUCACUGCUGUCGACGUUUUGGUGAGAAUUCAUACCCUACUACGAGGGUAGUCGAAGAGGUAUUAGGAUCGUCGGUUUGGUAAAACAGUUAAUCGAGCUGCUAUCUUUGAUGUCACUAUAUCUAGAAUAAUUCGGUACAACGUCACGCACGUCAUUCCCAAAAAAAUAUUUUUCUCGAUCUGUUAUUGUCAACAUUUAGUUGUGUUUCCAUUAUUUUGUUGUUGGAUAUAAUUUGGCAAGAUUUGAUCAAAUGUAUGUGAGUCCAAGUUUGUUAGUAUUCCAUAACGGAUAAUCAGGCCCGUCGAGAGUGGGGUACAGCCGGUACAUUUUACCGGGGCCCGGCGUCGACCAGACCAAAGACGUAAUUUUUCCCGUUUUUUUUUGCUCUUCACUGUAUGUGCAUAAUGCGUUUAAUUAUUACUCUGCUAUAUUUAGUGUAUCCUUUACCUUUAUUUUGAAAUAUAUUUUAUUGUUUUAUUCUUAAAACAACGCAAGUGAUACCUACAUUGCGCGAGUUUUCUAAAGAAAACGUGAGUGAAGAAUUGAUAGAUCAAAUUUUUCAUUUAAGACAGAUAAUAAUAAUAAAUUUACUUAAUAAUAUUUAUCUCAAAUUGGUAUCAUUAAUUCCUAACAUCGGUAUUGCAUUAAGAAUAUUUUGCACAUUACCGGUGGCAGUCGUUGAAAAGGAAAGGUCCUUUAGUUUUCUUUCUCGCAUAAAAAAUUCUAUGAGAUCUACAAUGAAACAGGAUCCCUUAACUGGCCUAGCAACUUUGUGUAUUGAGGAUAACUUGGUAAAAUCAUUCGAUUUUUCGAAAAUUAUAGAUAUCUUUGCCAAUCAAAAAACUCGGAAAGCACCUAUAUUAUAAAAAUUGACACUAUUAUAAAAAUCAAAAUUUGAUAAAAUGUAGAUUUGAAAUAAUGUUUUUAUUAUUUAUUAUUGAUAAUUUUAUUUAUAAAAAUUGAAAACAAUUUUUUUCACUCUUCACUUUUUGCUACAGGCCCUUUUUUCACCGAGUGUUUUGUAAAAUCAAUCCAUAGAUAAAGAAAUAAUAUUGAGUUACUUACUACAGCGACUGUGAUAUAAUUUUACAGUCUUCUGACUAACUUAUCUAACUCAAAGCGACCUACAUUAAUCUUUCUUCGCAUCAGUGCUUUUUGUUCCUCUAUGUAACUCUUACGCUGGGGCCACAGUAACGUCUAAUGCCGUUAAUUAACGUAUUAUUUGCCAUCUAUGUAAUGUAAAUAAUGUGUUAAUUAUUAACGGCAUUAGACGUUACUGUGGCCCCACCAUUACACUACCACACUGUCCAAUGUAGUCUCGGGUACAAUAAUUGGCGUUUAUUGUUAAUCUAUCGACAGUUUUUGCCUAAUGUCUUAGAAUAUAACUUCAUAUAUUAUAAUCGAACUUUUCACACAUAAAGUUAGUAACUUAAAUCCUAUUUAAGUAUUAGGUAAAUCAUAUUUUUUUAUACCUACUCUAAUAAAAUUGCUCCUUUCUACCUUACAUUUGGUCUAUAAUUAGUUUAUAUGUGAAGAACUUUGUUAAACAAUCCAAUUUCUGUGGAUUAUAGAAGUAAAAGAUGAGAAUACACGUCUCAGAAAGACAACUAAUAGAUGCUGCGUCAUAGUAAGUCCAUAAGAUUUAAUGGUAAUGUUAUUUAAAUAUUUUAGACCAUGCGACAAACUGAAAAUUUUUCAAAUAUCACAAAGUAUUAAAUGAUCAUAUAUUUAUUAUAGUUUAAACAUUUUAAUAUGAAUAGACAUCAGCCUUCUUAAUUGAAUGAAUGGAUAAAUUAAAAACAAUCAAUCCAAAAUAAGUGUGAAAUAUAGCCAAGCAGAAGAAGAAUUGAUUAAGAAUCAUUAGUAUAAGUUAUCUAAAAAAAAUAAGAUAAGGGAGAUGAGGAGGGCCAAAGUAAGGACAGAGAGAAUUGUAAAAAAAUAUAUAAAAAAAAACCAAGGAAAAUAAGGCAAAAAAUUAACAUUCAUAAGAAAAUAAAAAAAAAGUUAAGUAUACGUAUAUUCAAUCACCACUUCUAUAUGCUCCUAAAACUUGAGGUGUUUUUAGGAAUUUUCAGUUUGUCGUUCUAUCUAUUUGGUUUCUAUAGUUAAGUUGGCAGGUGAAUCAAAUAGAAUAUCUGUAGGUAAAUGAGAAGUUAUUAAAAUAAGUAAAUAUUUUAAUUUUAUUGCGAGGAAGAUGUGGUAGAUAUACUAGAGUAAUGUUAAUUAUCGUGGGUGGAGUGAUUUGCUGUUUUAAAUCUUCGAAAUGGAGUAAACUAACACAGUCAAGUACUUUGUCUCAAAAAUACAUUAAAUAAUACAUCAUAUCUCACUUAUAGUUUAAAACUGCUUAUAAAAUAUGCUACUAAGAUUUUAGACGUUUAGUGAUUUACAUAGUAAUCAGAAUGUAUUAAAAUGUCCACAGAAAUUCCAGAAUCAAAAUCAAAAAGUUACAAGAUGAUCAAAAAUAAGUUAGAGAAACAAAUUGAAACAAAUAUCUAAAACAAGAAAACCAAAAUGGGUAUGUUAAGAGAAGCUUAACACAAAAAAUAAUUUGGAUUUAUUACUUAUGAUAGAAGGAUAAAGGUAAACUGUUUUAAUUUAAACAUUUAUUAAAGAGGUAUUUGCGGAACCAAACGACUUGACUGUUGUUAUUUUAACCCUUUGUAGAAGUAAUAUGUUGUCUCCAGUUAUUACUUCACUCCACCCCGUUAUACAGAAAUGUAUAGAAAAAGUUUACUCUAUGGAAUUGCAAAUAAAUGUAUUGUUAAAUUAAA